AAAUCUUCCCUCCUUCCCGGGUCCCUUCUGCCCUCUUCUUCGAGUCUUCUUCCCCACCGUUUACUGAUUCACCAUAACCCAAUUGAUCUCCAUCCUUUCUGUCAAGUUUUUGGGUUUUUUUUCUUCUCGCCGACUAAGAGGAAAGUUUCAAUCUUUCGUUGUAGAAUUUUUGCAGAAAAGUUUCAAAUUUUCAAUCGCCGGUUGAAAGGGCAAGUCUCAGGUCUUGUUGAACAUCCUUGGUGAUGGCAUCUAGGCGCAAUGUUCGUUACAGCCCUCUUGCUACGGAUGAUGAUGAUGUUUAUGGAAGCCCCAGUGACCCUCGGUUUGACUAUACGCCAAAGUCUUUUGAUAAAAUCCCGUGGAAAUCCAUAGUUCUUGCUCUUUUCCUGCUGUCUCUUGGAUCAUUGCUUCUGUUUCUUUCGUACUUCAUUUUCACCGGUCACAUGGGAGGGGAGCUGGCUCAAGCCUAUGGCCUUUUGGCUCUUGGGGUUCUCACCUUCCUCCCAGGCUUUUAUGAGACACGAAUUGCAUAUUAUGCAUGCAGAGGUGCAAAAGGAUACCGUUUUGCCUCCAUUCCGGACUACUAGGGUUCUUUUGCCUUUCCAAAUAAUGCCUUGCGGUGAGAGACACGAUCAUGUAAAAUCCAUAUUGUAUAGGACACAUGAACAAUCCGUAUGUAACUUCUUUUCCAUUUACUUCUCGUUAAAUGACUUGUUGCUAUUGAAGCAGUGGCACUCGCACGCAUAGUUCAUUGUACUGGGAUUUUCUCUUCGGCUUGUGGGCUGUAAAACUGUUUAUCCAGCAGAAGUUUGUAGUUCA